AUCCGAACCACUGUCCGACGUAGUAUGUUUGGAAGGUGAGAAGACUAUUUUGCUAAAAAAUGUUGCAGCCGAUUGAAUGUGACGUCGAUUCAGAGGGGAGAAUAGAGUGUUUAGAUUCGCCGUCAAAUGAUGUGCCAAAUUUGAAAGAUGCCCCAGACGACGGCAGCAGCCAUGAUGAUCAUGAAACAGUUGACAAUUCAGAAGAGAGAUGUGAUGUGAGUGAAUUACCACCAAAAGAUGAAAUCCAGAACCCCAAACAUUUGAUGAAGCAUCAACAUGCAAAAACGCAGAAUUAUGGAAUUCAGCUAUUGAAGAUGAAAUGUCGUCUCACAUGGCUAACCAGACGUGGGAGCUCACAACACUACCACCAGGAAAGAAGGCUAUUCCAUGCAAGUGGGUGUAUAAACACAAAGUGGACGCAUAUGGUGAAGCAGUCCGACAUAAGGCUAGAUUGGUGGUAAAGGGAUACAGCCAGAAGAAGGGAAUCGACUAUGAAGAAACCUUUGCGCCGGUCGUGCGGUAUACAUCGUUGCGACUUCUUUUGGCCCUUUCCGCAAAAUUUCACUUAGCCAUACAUCAAAUGGACGCUGUCACCGCUUUCUUAAAUGGUGACCUGAAAGAAGAGUUUUAUAUGUUGCAACCCAUUGGAUUCGAUGAUAAUUUAAAAAAAUCCCUUUAUGGCCUGAAGCAGUCCAGUAGGGUUUGGAAUGAAAAAUUGAAUAAUGUCCUUCUAAGUUUUGGACUUAUUAGAAG